GGUCAAAAGGAAAAGGAAGGAGGCUUUUCAAUUAUAUUUUCUAACAAGUUCAUUCAGUAUCUUCCAAUCCAUUCACCAUUUUUGUGUUCAUCUCUAAACAGAGAAUUUGAAGUUCAAUCGCACUGUUUCAGUUUGAAGCGGACGGGAAAAUGAAGGUAGAUCAGGAAGAUAUGCAGCAAUUUGUGAAAUCUCCGGCAGCGGUUAAGUCCUUCGAGACAGAUCCACAGGUCUUUUCUCCAUCUGAAUCCAAAACUUCACCGCGUUCUUCAUUUUCCUACGACUCUUCUCCUUUCAAUCACAAAUUAAAGAAUCCUACCAGGAAAUCUUCAAACGGUUACGUUUACAGAAUUCGCGAGCACGUGAGAAUGGGGACAACAUUUACAGAGACUGUGAAGGGGAAAUUGAGCCUGGGAGCGAAGAUUGUAAAGGCAGGAGGAAGGGAGAACAUAUUCAAGCAAAUAUUUGGGAUGGAGGAAGAAGAGAAGCUACUGAAGGCAUCACAAUGUUACUUGUUUACAACUGCUGGUCCUAUUGCAGGCAUUCUCUUCGUUUCGACAUUGAAGGUUGCUUUCUGCAGCGAGCGUUCAAUUCCUGUGCCUGCUGCUUUUUCGAGUCAAUCCUCCGCUGGUACCGGGACACCAUACAAGGUUGUAAUUCCAAUUAGAAAAAUAAAGAGAGGAAAUGAGAGUGAGAAUGUGAACAAACCAGCAGAAAAAUACAUUGAAAUUGUGACAGAAGACGACUACGAGUUCUGGUUCAUGGGUUUUGUUCGAUUCGAGAAGGCUCUUUUCAAUCUACACAAGGCCAUCUCAAUGUCCACCACCGUAUGAAGAAUGUGUUUCUUUCUUUAUUAGGGUUUACAGAGAUGAAUAUAUGUGUUUGUGCUUCUUUUAUUAGGGUUUAGAAUCAUGCGAGUCUAAAUGAAAAUUUAGGAAUGUAAUAUACUUUCUUAUUAUUGGAUCUAGUAGGUUAAAACAUUCUUAAAUGUUGUUUCAAAUUGGUCUUUUAAAAUUUAAUUUGGUUGUGGUUCUCAUUCCUAUUAAAGUAA